AUGGCAACUCGGAAUACUAGAAGCUCCCAGCUAAAAAACAGAGUUUCUCAAGGCAAUAAUAGUUUCCAGACCAAUCUCUUAUCCUGGAAGGUAAAAGAGAAAUCAGGCAACUUGAAGAGGAUCUUAAAAGAAAGCAAUUCUAUGGAAAAUUCUACACAAGCUGAAGAUGAUCUGCAAAUAGCAGUAGGAUACUUUCAGAAAGGCCCCAAAAAAGCCUCACUGAAUAAAGACAGGAUCUUGGAAAAACACUUGAAAACUGUGGAAAAUGUGGCUUGGAAAAAUGGCUUAGCUCCAGAAGCAAUUGAUAUUUUAUUAAAUGUGGCACUCAGUGGCAAGUUUGGGAAUGCUGUAAACACACGGAUACUGAAGUGCAUGAUUCCAGAAACUCUCAUAUCCGAAGAUUCUGUGGUUAAGGCAGUGUCCUGGCUCUGUGUUGGCAAGUGUUCUGGUAAUACCAAGGUACUUUUUUAUCGUUGGUUGGUUGCGAUGUUUGACUUUAUUGAUCAUAAGAAGCAAAUUACUUUGCUCUAUGGCUUCUUUUUUGCUUCAUUGCAAGAUGAUGCUCUGUGCCCCUAUGUUUGCCAUUUGUUAUAUUUACUGACUAAAAAAGAGAAUGUCAAACCAUUUCGUGUGAGAAAAUUGCUUGACCUUCAAGUCAAAAUGGGGAUGCAGCCUCACCUCCAGGCUUUGUUGUCGCUGUAUAAGUUCUUUGCUCCUAGUUUGAUUUCUGUAUCUUUGCCUGCAAGGAGGAAGAUCUAUUUUAAUAAUUCAAAGAAUUUGUGGGCUUCAGCUGUGAUUGCUGUGAAGCUAAGAAACCAAGGAGCUUUUCCAGAACCUCUAAAGCUGAUAUCAGGUCCAACUAAGGGCUGCUCUCUAAAAAGAAAAUGGAGUUCUCACUCAGUUAUACCAGCACCAAAUUCUGCUAACAUAGAAUGUGGGGGAAAGAAGAGUCUUUCUGAUUUUCUCAGCAAUGAAAGAUCACUUCCACUAGAACAGCUUCAAAGUUUCCCUCAACUUUUGCAAAACAUUCAUUGCUUAGAGCUGCCUUCUCAGAUGAUCUCAGUACUGAACAGCUCUCUGCUACUUCACUACAUUAAUUGUGUCAGAGAUGAGUCAAUCUUACUGAGGCUCUAUUAUUGGCUGAAUCAAACAUUACAAGAAGAAUGCAUAUGGUAUAACAUAAAUAAUUAUGAACAAGAAAAAGAAUUUACCAACUUCCUGGACAUUGUCAUCAGGGUGCAGUGCUUCUUACAAGAGGGGUUUUACUCCUGUGAAGCAUUUCUGUAUAAGAGCCUGCCUCUCUGGGAUGGCUUCUCCUGCCGGUCACAGUUCCUUCAGCUUCUAUCCUGGAUUCCAUUCAGUAGCUUCUCUGAGGUGAAGCCACUCUUUUUUGAUCAUCUAGCCCCUCUCUUCUUUACAUCAACCAUUUAUUUCAAGUGUAGUGUUCUACAAAGUCUGAAAGAACUACUGCAGAAUUGGCUAUUGUGGCUUUCUAUGGAUGCCCAAGAGCAAUGGGUGACAAACAGUCCUCAGGAGACAACUUUGGGUGGAUCCAUGAACUCUGUGUUUCAAUUGAUUGACUAUGUAGGCUGGCUGUCCAUGAUUGCGAUACGCUUGGAGAACAAUAGUACAUUAUUGUUGCACUUUAUUUUGGACUUCUAUGAGAAGGUGUGUGACAUAUAUAUAAAUUAUGAUCUUCCAUUAUUGGUGUUGUUUUCUCCUGUGAUCUUCCAUUCUGCACUCCUAAGCCUGGAUGCCAGUAUCUUGAACCAACUUUGUUACAUUAUAUACAGGUAUCGCAAUAAUUUGACAGCUGCAAAGAAAGACAACUUUUUAAAGAAGGAAAAAUCAGACUUCAAUCUCAGCAGCAAGAUCUGUCAAGAAUUUAAUUACUAUUUGACAGUUAUGGUUCAUUGCUUAUGGAUGUCCACACCAUUUGAAAAAGGAGUAUACAUUGAUCCCCAAAAAUUAGAAAAUACUGAAGUAACAGAGUAUAAAAACAGCUUAAAUUUAGUUCACCAUCCUUCUCUAUUGAGCUAUGCAGUUUGCUUUUUGCUACAGGAAAGCCCAGAAGAAAGGACAGUGGACUUGAGCUCUAUUCGGGGGAAGAAAUGGAACCAGUAUCUGGACUAUUUAUUUUCAGAGGGUUUUAAGGGCUUGAAACUUUUCAUAAAAAGUAGUAUCCAUCGAUUUUCUAUAUCCUAAACAGAGAACCAAUCCACAAUGGUGAACAUUAGAGGAAUGUUGACAUAA